CUUUUCAACGGGUACCUCUCUCUUAUCUUAGGGCCCUUAAUCAUGAUUAGUAGCCGGCGGCACUAUUAAGCUUUUGUGACGAGAACCCGAUUAGUAGAUAUCUUAUCCCUAAAUCAAAUUUCCUUUUAUAUAAAAAAAAAAAAAAACAGUGGAGGAAAAGGACAACACGCGGCUGUAUAUAAUAAGCCUCCAUCUCUAGCCUGUCUGGAGAAGAAAACAGAGCAUCGAUCCAUCCAUCCAUCCAUCGCUCGCCGCCAUGAACAGGAAUUUGAAGAACGCCGUGAUCGCGUUCCUCGUCCCGCUCCCUUCAAUUCUCUUCUACCUCUCCUUCAUCCGCAACUUCGAAUCCGCCGCCAUUGCAGACGGCUCCGGAGCAGCCGCUCUCUCCCCUGUCUGGGCAUGGUGCGCUACCCACCCGCUUCUGCUCGCCAACGUCCUCUUCUUCCUCAACGUCAAUGUCGUCUUCUGGGUCGUCAGCCAGUGCAUUUCCAGCCACUGGAUGAUAGAUUUGUACUGGACGGUGAUACCAGUGAUGCUCGUAUACUACUACGCAAAUUUCCCGUUGGCUCAGUUCGACGGAUGGCGAUCGGGGAUCGUCAUCGCCAUGACUUGGCUGUGGAGCUUGAGGCUCACCCACAAUUACUUGAGGCGGGAGAAGUGGCAGUUUGGCGCCCGGGAGGACUGGAGGUUCACUGAUAUGAGCCGCCAGUACGGCGGGAAUUGGUGGUGGAUGUGCUUCUUCUCCGUCUACGUCUCUCAGCAGGUGUUCUUGAUGGGUAUAUGCCUGCCAAUGUACAUCAUCCACACAGUCGACAAGCCUCUGAACGUCUGGGAUUUCGCCGCGGUUGCAGUUUGCCUAACUGGGAUCGUCGUCGCCUACUUUGCUGAUACCCAGCUCCACGAAUUCGUCACGAGGAACGAGGUACUGGAAGGGCUCGGGAAACCGAAGGUGCCCAAUCUCGACAGAGGAAUGUGGAGCUACUCUCGCCAUCCGAACUACUUCGGGGAGCAGCUGUGGUGGUGGGGAUUGGCUCUGUUCGCAUGGAAUCUCGGCCAUGGAUGGGCUUCAGCAGGCGCUCUCGUCAACAGUCUGUGCCUAGCUUAUGUCACCGUGCUUGUGGAGAGGCGGAUGCUGGAGCAAGAGUAUAGAGCGGAGGCUUAUAGGUUGUAUCAGAAGACUACUUCUGUUUGGAUCCCCUGGGUGAAGUCAUCUGCAUUCGCGGUGAAAGAUAAGAGCACUUGAAUCUGGUCCACCGAUGCUUUCAUGUCAGUGGUUAUGGUUUAUCUGGAAGAAGUUGUUACUGUUUUGGACUAUUGCUGCUGCUGCCAAGCAGGUGUUGUUUGUAUGAAGAUGUGUAUGAAUUUAGUUCAGUUUCUGUUAUCAAGCUGAUCAAUAGACAUAACAACUGACAGAAAGCAUCACCCUCAAGGCACAAUGGCCUAUACGGUACAAGUUUAACCUAUAACUGCGUAAAAUGUGAAUACAAGGACGUGAAUCCAAUCGUUAAAGAAAGCGAAUUCACUACAACUUUAACUAAACUGAUGAUAUUCAAGUAUUCAACUAUGUUGACAGGACAGAUAAUUUCCAGUCAUUAUGUAGAUUCCGAAUUUAAUGACCAAAAUCAUAUGAAUUUGGUUCUUAACGAGCAGUUCAACCGUAUUAUUGUUCCAUAAACACUUCAUUAUAAAUUGAGAACUUUAAC